UACACAGCGCGGCGGUCCGCUGCAAACACAAAUGGACGCCGCACGCACACACACUCGCAUUUCUAUACUUGGGAGGACUGGCAUAUUUGACUUAAUGCGUUCCCUACCCACAAAGCAUCACUUCCUCAUGCCCGCACACCUGUCCAAAACAUCUACACCCCGAACGUCACUCUGAAUAAAGAAGUGAGAGUCCUCACUCUCCUGGUGUGUGUCGGCUUCUCACAGAGACACCAGAGAGAGAGAGAGGAGGAAACACACACAUCCAGUGUGCCUUCACCUGUGUGUGUGUGUGUGUGUGUGUGUGUGUUUGGUCUUCUUCUCGUCGCUGCAGGUCAUGGAGGGAGGUUGGAGGAACAUGAUGCUCUUCUCUGGGACGCUGUUCAUCCUCGUGGAGGUCGUGACCCUCCAGACGACGGGCUCCUCCUACAACGUGGACUACAUCCUGGUCACUGACUUAAAGAAGAGCUGGGAGGAAGCCCGGAGCUUCUGCAGGACGACCUACGACGACCUGGCCACCAUCACCGACGAGGACGACAACAGCGCCAUCAACAGCCUGGACCAGGACCGGGACCGGGACCAGGACCGGUUCUUCUGGAUCGGUCUGCACGAUGACGUGGACAGCUGGAAAUGGUCUCUGGAGGACGAAGUCUUCUACACGGGACGGGACCGGGGCUACAGGCGGUGGCAGGGUGGUCAACCGGACCACAGCAAAGGGGUGGAGCGCUGCGUCGCCAUGACGAAUGAAGGCUACUGGGAGGACCACAGCUGCACGCUCCAAAAGCCUCUCAUCUGCUACGACGAGAAUUCAAAAAGCAUGUACGUGCUGUUGGCCGAAGGGAAGAGUUGGCUCGACGCUCAGAGGCUCUGCCGGCAGCACCACACAGACCUGGCCAGCGUGACGGCGCUGAACGACAUCAGGGCGAUCGAGAAGGUCCUGCGGGACAACGCGGCUGUGCAGGAGUUCUGGAUCGGCCUGCGCAGACACUCCAGGAAGUGGUCGGAUGGCAGCGCCUCCUCCUUCAGACGUUGGCGUCCAACCGCCGCCGGCACCGCCGGCGUCGUCGCCGGCGUCGUCGAUGACGCCGGCGAC